GCGGUUUCUGUGCCCUUCUCUGUCCCAGGGCAGGGGGCUGCAGUCCCCGGAGUCCCUUAAAGGGUUCAGCCUUGCCUAGGUAGAAGGUUGACUGUUUGGGUUUUUUCCCCUUUCUUUUUUGGUACCUUCCUGCCCUGGGAUGAUUUUGCCUGGGCUCUGGCUUCUCCGCCCCUCCACGCUUGCUCCAGCCAAAGGUUAUUGAAUGAAAAGUCUCUUUUCUUCUUGGCUGCAAUUCUGCCUCUGCAAACAAGGCGAUUCCUGUGCAGGAGGGGGUGGGAAGCUGCUUCUCUACCUUGGAAAAGCAGGGUUUUCCCCCCGCUUCUCCCGAAGAGGCACAGAACCCUGAGCGAGAAGCCGUGCCUGGGAGCUGCCUUUGCAUCGAAAGGUAAGAUGUUGCAAUGCUGGCGGUUCCACAAUGGAGUGGGUUUGAAAGGCAGCACCUGCUGAUACGGUCCUGGGCGGAGGGUGUGCAUCUUGCCUGUGGUCCCCAACGGGCACUCUUGUCCCUGCUCCAGCCUCAGCCAGGCACCUGUGGUUUGCCAUGGGGCAAUUCCUGCUGCAGCUGGUCUAGCAAAGAGGAGAGGAAACCUUAAGCUCACAGCAGUCCUUUCUCUGCUCCCUCAUUGUCCUUUAGAUACUGGACCCCGGCAACUCGUGGGAGGGGGCCAAGGGGGUGUGUCUUGCGGCUGCGGCAUGCCGAAAGGGACCCUCUUAUAAGUGUCGUUUCUGCUGAGGGUGUCCCCCAAAGGGACCCCUUUCACAGUAUCGCUCCUGGCCAUUGUGCGCUUGACCCUUUGGGUGCUCUCUGAGUGCCUCUGCUGGAUCCAGGGUGGCACACACUGAAACUCAGCCCCAGGCACUGCCUUCAGUUCCUGAAAAGGUGCAAGUGAGCUUGUAUUAAUCCUUUUGCAUAAAGUGUGGUCCUGUAAAUGGAGGAUCCCCUUACAGCGUCUUUUCGAGACUGUCUCUGAAUGACAAGUGGGAGGCAGUGAGAGCAGGCAGGGAAGAAAUGGAUCUGGAUGCCUGGUUCUUCGAUGGGCUCAUUGCGUGGCUUUGGCAAACUGUCGUCUGGUGGGACUUGCUUGUUCAUCUGUGAAAUGGGCACCACAGUGAUCGUAUGGGGUGGCUGUAAGGGAAAGCAGUAUAACAACUGUAAGCUUUUUGCGCUAUUUUUAACAACAGGUAAAUCAUUUCACUAGCUUACUGGCUAGUGGGUUGCAGGGUGCCUCUGGAACAGUUGUGUCUGUUCAGGUGGGAUAUCAUCAACUGGGUGCUUCUGAGCAACCAAGUUGCGUGUUGUGGCUCCACAGUAAACCAGGCCUAAAGAAGGCUUAUGGGCAUUAUUUGUAACUUUCGUGAUCAGAAGGCCUUUUCAAACUUUUGUUGCUUUUGAACCUAAAUGGCUCGCUGUUUAGACAAGUUCACUGAGACUGUGUGGAGGGCGAAGGAAAGGCCUAGAUGAGCAAUGGGGAGACGGGGGAUUAGGAAGGCCCAGGAGGAAAAGUAGCUCCUCAAACUGUCAGCCCCUCGAAGGCCCCCUAUUUAAAAAAUAACACUUGCUUUGGACGGUGGAAGGUAUUGAAAGGGAUGCUUUGAGGCUUGGCAAGGGAAAGGAAAUGGAGGACAGGCCUACUUUUCCAACCAGCCUCGCCCAAGGAAGCUGAAGGUCCAAGAGGGUUUUGUGCUUCAAAGAGAUUUGGAGGCCUCUUGAGAAGCACCCUUGCAAAACUUAAAAAUCACUCCCAGGAUUCUUUGGGGGAAAGUCAUGGGACUUGCCCUGUGUUUGCUUUUGCUUGUGGGCACAGCUGUGGGGUCUAAAGAGAUCGCUGCGAGGCAAGGCUCAGCUCUGGCUUCUCUCCUGAAAGCCCUGCAGUUUGCCCCCUCCCAUCUGAUGUUCCUCAGCCCCUGGCAGUGCCCACCCGUUGCCUCAUGUUCUCCUCCCAGAGACAGGCUUUCUGGGGCAGGACCAGACCAGGGAGCUUCCACCUCUCUGGCAUUUUACACCAAGAGCUUUAGAAGCCAGGCCAGCCAUUUCCUAACUGUGAGUUUUUAAAACCUAUUUUACUUUCUUUUUGUGUGUGUGUGCCUGGACUUGGGGGGGGGGGGGCGGGGAGGUGAUUUUAGGAAGGGGUUAGGAGACCAUAAACCACCAGAGUUGAAAAACCUUCCUGGGCCUGUUGAGAGACCAAAAGCCAGAUGGAGGUCAAAGCAGAGGUGGAGAAAAUUGCUCAAGGUAUCCUAAAUUUUCUGUUCUGGUGCUUCAGUUGGGCCUAUCAUAGAGUGAACCAGGGAACUGGGGAUAGUUGUGGUGGAAUCUUUUCCCUUGUGUAAGAUUCAGAGGUCCCCUCAUAGACCCACCUUUCUGAAGCAUUAGAGACAGUCAAGGCAGGCACAGCAUGUUGGGUGGUGUGGAGUUGUGACCCAUUCAUGCUUUUUUAAUGACAUGGUGGCUAGGAUUUUGCUCCUGCCUUCAGGGAUCUCUGUAUUCAGGGCUAGGAACCUGUGAGCCCAAGCUCAGGUUGCCUAGUGACUUUGGAAGUGGGGGAUCAGGUCUGUACUUUCCCAUGAAGUGUGUGCCUUGAUUUGAGCCACCUGGAAUUUGCCAGCAUCUCCCUGACUUGUGUGUGUCCCUCUAGUGAUCAGAGUUGCACAGUCCACAUUCUGCAGUGUGUGCAUAUAUGUGAAUAUGAAGAUGAAUGGAGGGGGGUUAUCCGAUGCAGUUAGGGGGUCUUUUGUUAUUUUUCCAGCUCCAUGAUUUUAGGAAGGGAUUAAUGGACUCAUAAGUCAUGGUAGUUCCUUGAAUAUGCACCAAGUAAGGCUUGUUAGUUGUUUUACAGUAGUUUUGGUAAGAAUAACAGGGUCAUUAAUCUUGAGCUAAUCUCUGGCAUGUGUAUGUGUGUGUGGAUGCGGGGAAGCUGUGAGGGUACUAAGCAGGCAGGUCAACUCUUAAGUUCUGCAAUUGAUAGGCUUGUGGUAUAGUAUAUGAAGAAAUCCUAAAGCAGAGCUUUCCAAACUGUGUGUUGCAACAUGUUAGUGUGUCAGCUGCAAUGUGUAGGUGUGUCGUGCAAACACUCCCCGCGCUCCUCCUGGGGCUGGGAAAGGGGUUAGUUUAACCUCCAGUUUGUUAUUAAAAGUGAAUUACUGUGUCACGAAAUAAAGCAUGUCUAAAAAGUGAACAAUAUGAAAAGCUCUGUCCUAAUGUCUUACAUGCCAGUUUAUCUUGACAACUGGAUUUUUGAGUUCAAGGAAUUCACAAAGGUACCUGGGCCACCGGCCAUUUGCUGACUACAGAAUUCUCUGGGCAAAUUUCUUCUAGGAACAAACACACACACUUUCAUCUCUCUCAGUUCUUACAUGUUUUUGAAGAGGCCUGGCAAAAUAGUGCAUCUCUAUGACUUUCCUUCCCUCUUCAGUUCAGGACCCAAAUAAACCUUUUUGUUUGUUGUUAGAAAGUAAUUGAUGCAGGACUCAGGUGCACCUGUCAGGGAUCAAAGUGAAUGCUACCCACACAGUGUUUCAGUUAUUUGGGGAAAGAUGAGAGGAGAGCUGAAUGAAAUCCAUAAUCUCGCUCUCCUGCUUCCCCAUAAUUUUUACCAAAUCUUCCUGCACCCUUGCCUCCCAGAAGAGCCUUCUAAAGAGACUAGCUGGGUGAGACAUCACUCAAGGUAAGGGAGUCAUGGUCACUACAAACACCCUCUAAUUUGAGCACUGUGCCCACCUGAGGUGGGUUGGAUCCCAUGAUGCUAACCUGAUUAUUUUACCUCCACUUUCUACCACAGUUGCCAGUCAGUUUCUAAAUGCAGGUGAUUUUGUAGCCAGUUGUACUCAUUUCGCUUACAUUAUCUGUUAAAGCAGCCCUCGCCAACCUGGGCCCUUUAUAUGUUUUGGACUACAACUCCCAUCAGCCUCAGCAUCAUUCAGGUGUGCUGGCUGAGGCCAAUGGGAAGUUGUAGUUCAAAGCAUCAGAAGGACUCCAGGCUAGCAAAGGCUGUGCUGGUCCAUAAGUAUGUUCAGCAGAUCGACUUCCCUAAUAUACAUGUGAUAGCCUGACCUGAAAGAGGGAGAGAAAAUCCAGUUUGCAAAAGAUUCCUUGCCUGGAGGUAAUUCACUUGCCACCAGCGGCCAGCAUAGUGGCUGUUUACAAGGCUAAAUUAAGUUGCUAAAAUUAGCAGCAGAGGAAUGAUCUGAACAGUAACAAUUGGCUAUGAAGUGAAUGUUUGGGUAUCAUGAACAAUAACUCAAGGGAAACAAGAUUGUAAGAUCACUCAACGGUAUUGCUAAUGAAGGGUGCACUUAAGCCAGCUCUUUAACUUGGACACACCUUGGGGAGCCCAUUCUGCAUUAGUUAAUGCAGCAGCUAAACUAGGCAAAGUGGCUAUUCUGUGACUUCCAGGUGUUACUGGACUCCCAUCAUCCCUGAUUAUUAGCCAUGUUUUCUGGGGCUGUUUGGAAUUAGAAUCUAACAAUAUUGGGAGCGGGGGAACAGAUUAGCCUUUCCUGGGGUAAAAGGGCUAUUUGCCGUUAGGAAAAAUCCAGAAUUCUAAUAAAGGACUUCAUUGCUUGAUUGGAUUUUGGAAUUCUCUUUUCUACAAAAUCCUUCCACUGUAGUGUUACUGAUGUUCUAAUUAUUGUAAUUUCCUUGGAAAUCUCUGCAAACACCCAACCCUUUUUGCUAAGUUUAACUUAACAAAAAAGAAGGGUAUUAUAUUUCACAUGCAUCUGAAGGCAAGGAGGUGUGAGAUUCGUGUGUGUGUGUGUGUGUUGAGGUGACAGGCAAGUGACGACAAGAUUCUCUUAAGAAACAGACUUGUGUGUGAUUCCUUAGUUCUCAUCUGUGCUCUUGCCUACAAAGACUCUUGAUAAAGUUAUUAUCCCCAUUCAGGAUUGUGUGCACAAUCAAGUUUGGCAGGCCAAACCCAGUGUGUGUGUGUGCGUGUGUGUGCGUGUGUGUGCGCGCAUGCGCGCGCGCACACACACACACACACACACACACACUAAGUGGCUUCACUGCAACUCUCUCACACAAGAACAAAAUGAUCAUAGAUAUCACCCAAAACUAAAAAUGCUUAAGAACACCCAUCUAUCUGAGCAUCUCAUUUUCCACAGUGGCCAACCAGAUGCUUCAAUGGGAAGCUCACAAGUAGGAAAUGGGGACCUCUUAGCACAUGUUCCUCAACUACUGCCUCUGAUACUGCAGGUAGCAUACCGGCAUCCUGGCUAGCAGCCACUGACAGCAUCACCCUCUUUAUCCUUCCCUUUAGCUACUCCCAGUACCCUUAAUCUCCCCACUUUUAAAGCCAUCUAAGGCUGUGUAUACAUCACCAACUUGAAAUGCAGCCAGGUUGUUAUUUUUCUCAAUGUGGAUCGAAGGUGGUUUGGGGGGAAAUGCAUCAGAAUGCAGUAUUUCCUAAGAAACAACAGGAUAGAUAUGGAUUGUGGCUAACUUGGUGUAUAUACCACUUCCCACAUCAGCAGGGUGGAGGUGCAUUGGAUGCACAGUAAAUGGAAGUGUGUACACAGCCUAAGCUAAGUUGGUGUUUUUCAUGACAUCUUUGCUAACUCUAUCCUUUGUCAGGAGGCUGUAGAAAAAUAUAUUUGUGAUAAAGGUGGGGGAGUUCUUAAGUCGUCUUCUUAAUAUUUUUAGAUGUUCUGACUCUGCUCAGCCAGAGACACUGAAAAAAGAGCAGAUAAAAAGGUGAUUCUCAUUUGUAUAAUGAGUAGGAAUGUUUGUUGAUUUCUUGUUUGGAUUUAGUUGGUUAAAUUUGUGUAAGUAAAAACAAUAAUUUUGAAGCAAAUGGCUUGCUUUGUUUUUAGACAAUCGACAUACAUGUUUCACAGCAGAUCUUCUCUAGGAAAAGGCAUUUCCUCUCUUAGGAAGAAGGGAGAAUAUACCUUCUAAUAUUGUGCUUAGCCACUUGCACUUGUUACAAAUCUUUGCAUUGGAAAUGAUAUAUAUUGAAAUAAAUCUGCUUCCUGAUUUAUUGAAGGCAGCUUCGUAGUGAAUUAAAAGCUUUUUUAAUUGAUUAAUCAAUUAAACGUUGCAGCCCCUAAUACUGACUGGCAGAAAAAAGACUGGGUACGCUGUGAUGGGAGUUGUUUGUUGCAGCUCCUUCUGGAGAGGACUCUCUGCAAGUCUUUAGCAACAAAACUGACAAGAGACUUUUAUGGUACCUUAAAGGCUAACAGAUUUAGGAUGGCAGGAGCUCUUGUGGACUGUUUCAUCCAAUGUACAAAGGAUGCUCCUAAUUAUUGGGACCUAAUCCGAUGCAGUGGAUUUCAGGCCAGGAAGGCUAUUGCCAGAAUAAAUCUUUAGGGUACCCCACGAUUCUGGUUUUGAGGCUUUCCCCCCUCUCCCUGUGCUGCAUCUCUGAUGCCAGGGGCCACCAGCAAGGGCAGCUGAGUUGCCUCAGUGGAAAUCUCAUCUUUUAUUCAGGUCCCUGCAUGGAAAAUAAGUGUGUGUGCAAGAACCUGAGCCUCCAUCAGUCUGCAUGUGGAGGAACCUUUCAAUCCUCCUCACUGUUGCCUUUGCCAGGCUGCUGCCCUCCAGAUGUCUUGGACUGUAACUCCCAUCAGACUCAGCCAGGUACUGGCUGGGACUGAUGGGAGUUGUAGUUCAAAGCUCCCGGAGGGCACAAGGCUGUUGAAGGCUGAGAAAGAGGGUGGCUUGGCAGUGACCUAGGAGGAAAGGGGCAGGAUCCCACCCCGCUUUGGUCUUUAGGCUGCAAUGAACCCCCACAUGCUGGGCACAAGCACCAUGCGAGCCAGGGGUGGGAAGUAACUUCUGCGUUAGUGUGCCCUUCAAGGAGGUAUCUCUCCAGAUGUAUGGGUAGCAACUUCCAGCCUGCACGGAUGGAGGUGACUUUUUGGGGAUGUAUUCACGAGUGUUUCAAUUCACUCACUCACAUUCACACCCCCCGCCUUGAGCCGGUCCCCCCACCCCGCUUCCCCCAGCCGGCUCCCAACCGACCCUUGGCACUGGACGUGACAGGACCAGAGUUGGGGGCUUCGCAUGGAAGGCUACCCAGCCCCCAGCCCCACUCUGCCUUUCCUUUAGCGACCUUUCUUUCAGUCCCGACCUGACUCCGCUUGUGCAGCCUCUGAGUGGGGCAGGCGUGGAAUCCGUCGGGGCUCGAGCGGGGCGGCGGCGCGUGGGUGGCACCUCGGGAGGGGGGCAGGCCUGGUUCUGCCCCUUGCGCGCUCCUCCCCCGCCCCGUCGAGGCUGGGGUUGGGCUGGGCGCCUCCCUCCUCAUCAAAAGCGCCGCGCCAAGCUGAGCAGGCGGGAGCGGCCGGGGGGAAGCCGCGGCACGGUGAGUCCGAGGUCCCUGGCCGGGGUGCGGGAGGGCGAUGGCCGUCCAUCACUUGGCAAAGACACGUGCCACACCCGAUUCCCCGAGGCGCAGGAGCCGCAUGUGCUGGUUCUGGCUGGUGGAGGGGGAAAGCGCUCUGCACAUGUUCUGCGGUGGGCUCGCCUUCGCUCCAAAGCCAAACCUGGGGAGGGAAGGAGGGCACUGUUCUCUGGACCAAGGUCUCAGCCUUUCAGGCUGGCCCUGGACGGGGACAAGGCAUUCUCAUCUGCUUUCCCGCUUCGGGCUGAGCUGGGCUCCGGGGAGCCUCAGCCUCUCCUACAGGGCUUUCCGCCGCCCCGUCGGGCUUGCCUCCUGCGAGGCUCGGUUCGGGGCCACCAUCACCGCCCUCUCUGCCUUUGUCCGUAGAGGCGCCCCCCAAAAUCCCGCCCGCCUGUUGCGAAGAGCCCAUCUCUCGGCCGGGUCUGCCCGCUCCUGCCAGCCUGGUUCCGCUCCUACGGAGACUGGGCGAUGCAAAUGAACCGAUUCGCUCUCUUUCCCCAAGACCGGGCAUGGUGAGGAAGAAUAAGGGGCUUCCGCGGAGUCCAGGCUUGGCGGCAUGGGGGAAAGAGGGUGCUAUGGGGUUGCGCCCUGUACUCCCCCAGCCCAAACUUAUGGGGCUGCGAGUUCACCGGGACACCAGAGGCGCCCCGGGUGCAUUUGCCCUCCUUGCUCUCAUGCGCGCACAGCAGGUCAGGCUGUGGAAGUGCAGGGCCGCUGCCUAGCCGGGCAGGAUCAGGCGCGCUUUGCAGUUGCGGACACGAGGUUCUCGGAGUCGAUCCCUGGAAUUCUCCAAUCGGGAGACCCCUGGCGAGGUUCCGUGGCAAGAAGGCGCAGCGACAGCCUGGCCCAGCGGCGCUCUCCUGCAGCCUCUUCCGCGCUCCUGGCGCCCUCCAAAUGUUGCUGGACUACAACUCCCAACAGCCCGCGGACCCAGCGUGGCCCGGCCUUAGGGAUGAUGAGAGUUGGAGUCAAAGAAGACCUAGCGGGCCACAGACUUCCCAGGCUCCCUGCUGCAUCCAGAGUAUCAGAGGGGUGCGCGUGUAGUACUUGCCAGGCAGAUGUGGCUCUCCUGCCACUGCCAUCAACUGCAAAAGCUUUUCAUGCAGUCCUGGGGUGGGGGCAACUGAAAAUGCCUGAGCCAGAGCAGCUGAAAGCAGAACUGUCUGUUUCCUACAGUGCUAUAGUUUUGUUUGAUUGCUUAUUUGCAUCCUUUGUUUGAAGUAUUGUUCCACAGUUAUUUUUAUUGCUGUUUUUAGUGCACUAAUUGUAAACCGCCCUGGGAUCCUGCCAGAUUAAAGGCUGGGUAAAAACACAACCCGUCAGGUGACCUCUGACUGUCGGCCAUGGUGCUAAUGCAGAAAUGCUGCAGCAUUGUGGUAGAGCACCUGCUUUGCAUGCAGAAGGUCCCCGGUUCACCUCCUGGCAGCAUCUCCAUGUGGACCUGGGAGUGCCCCUAGCCUCAAACCCUGGAGAGCCACUGCCAGUCAGAGUUGACAGUGCUGAACUAGAUGGGUCAAUAAUUGCCCCAUUCUGUACAGGACAUCUUGCCUUUCUCUGUUCUUCCUCUGAGUUGUAAUGCAAUAAGAUCUGAAAAGCAGGGGCACCCCUCCAGAAGUUGUUAGGCUUCAACUCCGGUCACCACUGACCGUUGCUGCCACCAAGGAGUCAGGGGGGCUCUUGCUUCUGUUUCUGUGGCCACAGUCUAACCAGGCCUCUCUGCCUCCUCUCCAGAUGCCAGUGAGGCUCUCCACAGCCCUGCGUGUUUUUGGGACCAGCCUCUUUGCCGUGGUGGUGCUGGGGGGCAUCCUUGCUGCCUACGUCACAGGCUACCAGUUCAUCCACACCGAGAAGCACUACCUCUCCUUUGGGCUCUAUGGUGCCAUCCUGGGCCUCCACCUCUUCAUCCAGAGCCUCUUUGCCUUCCUGGAGCACCGGCAGAUGCGCCUGGAGGGCCGGCCCCUGAAGCUGCGCUCCUCGGUGGCCCUCUGCAUCGCCGCCUACCAGGAGGACCCUGACUACCUGCGCAAAUGCCUGCGCUCCAUCCAGCGCAUCUCCUUCCCCAACCUCAAGGUCGUCAUGGUGGUGGAUGGCAACGGGGAGGACGAUGUUUACAUGCUGGACAUCUUCAACGAGGUGAUGGGCUCCGACCGGACAGGCUGCUACGUGUGGAAGAGCAACUUCCACACCCGGGGGAAGGGCGAGUCGGAGGCUGGCCGCCGCAGGGCCAUGCGCCACAUCCAGAGCCUCGUCCGGCACAAUACCUAUACCUGCAUCAUGCAGAAGUGGGGCGGGAAGCGCGAGGUGAUGUACACGGCCUUUUGUGCCCUUGGAGACUCUGUCGACUACGUGCAGGUGAGUGUUGGGGGGGGGGGCGGAGCCCUGCUCCUUGCCCUUGCUAGCCUGUUGUUGCUCUUCCUUCUCUGUGUUUUCCCAUUCAUGCUCAUCCCACAACCCAGGCACUUGUCAGAAAGCAGAAAAAGGGAGGGGGGAGUAUUAGAUACAUGCAAAAUGAUUUGGAGAGAUACUUGGGUCUGGGCUACUUGGCCCCCAUAGUAAACACAGCCCUAAAUGGCAACUCUCUGUCUCCCUGCACCCUGAUACAUUGGUGCUGUGAGCUUAAGAGGGAAGCAGGGCUACAAUGAGCUGCUUCUUCACACUCUGGGGCCUGAACAUGUGAUCAGCCCCUCUUUGGAGCAGCUGGUUGCUUCUCCUUAGCUCAGUGGUAGAGCAUCCGCCUUGAAUGCACAAGGUUCCAAGUUCAAUCCCUGGCAUCUCCAGGGAGGGUGGGAGAGAGACCCCUGCCUGAAAUCCUGGAGAGCUGCUGCCAGUCAGUGUAGAGACAAUAUUGAGCAAGAUGGACCAAUAGUUUGACUCGGUAUAAGACAGCUUUCUAUGAUCCUGAGUGGUAGAGCACCUGUUUUGCAUGCUGAAGGUCCUGGGUUCACUCCCCAGUGACAUUUCCAGCUUGGGAAGGAUGGAAAGCUACUGUGGACAAUACUGAGCUGGGUGGACAAAUGGUCUGAUUUGGUAUAAGGCAGCUUCCCCAGUUCCUUAAGCCCUUUCUAUAGAAUCUUGAGGACUGGAAUCUUGAUUUAUUUUUUAAGGAAAGGCCACAAUCGAGUUGCAAAGCAGUGGAUUCAAUCCCCAGGUUCAAUCCCUAGUAUCUCCAGGUAGGGCUGGAAGAGACCCGUCUGAAACCAUGGAAAGCUGCUGCUGAUCAGUGCAGGCAACACUGAGCUAGAUGGAUCCAGGCAGCUUCCAAUGUUCCUCCUGAGCUCAUAACUCAGCCUCCAAUCUGACAGCAGGAAAACAGUUCUUCUUUCACCCUGGUGUAAGCUCAGAGGCUUCUCCUCUGCUCCCUUCCACUAAUGCACUGUAGUUCUGAGCAGCAGGUGUAACAGAAAGGGAUGGCAGAAUGUAAUUGAGGGUAGAUAUAUAUUGAUAUAUUCCAUAUAUACACACCCCUUUCUUUCAUAAUGGAACCCAAGCAUGGUUCCCAAGCAAUCUCUCAUCCAAGUGCUGACCAGCCCCAGACCUGCAUCACUUCAGCAAUAUGAUGGCCUAAUGUGCCUUCAGCACCUUCUGGGGGACCUCCUUGCAAGCAGAAAACUGGCAGGCAAAGGAGAGAGGUGGUACCUCAGCCCUUUGCUAGGUGCUCUGCUUUUCAAUUUACAGGAGGUUUUAACUCAUGGAGGCAUUCAAAACAGGACCUGGAGGUGAAAAGUGUUGCAGUCCAUUCUUCCAUUUCAUUCUGCUGUCUGAAUAGACCAGCUCUGGGCUCCUUGCAUAAGAGAGGAGGCAGAUGCAGGGUAUGCCCAUACUGUAUCUCUCAUUUUGGGAUUUGCUUCUGUUUUCUGCUUCCCUGCCCUCCAAAAAUGCGGGAUUCUUCAGCUGGGCCUGAUCCCCUUUCUCUGGCCUGCAUGGCUGCUGAACAGGUAUCAGCUGCCCCCUCAAUAUAGGACGCUACCUUAUACAGUCAAGACCCCUGGUCCAUCUGGUUCACUAUUAUCAUACAUGUCCAGGGUUUCAGGUAGGGGACCAGGAGAUGCCCUUGGGGAUUGAACCUUCUGCAUGCAAAGCAGGUGCUCUGUUACUAAGCUAAAGCCCUUCACCGUACAUUCUCUUGGGUGCAGAUGCCCUGUGAUUCUUCUGCCUUCACCUGCUUGGGGACCUUACAAUGCCUGUUUGGCAAUGGAGACCGGCUCCCUCUCUCGUCUGUACCUGGUGUGACAUCCACCUCCCUGCCACGUUCGGUCUGUGUUCACAUGAAGAAGUGUCCAGGAGAGUUUGUGUCACUUCUCUAUCAUUCACUUACACUUACACUUAUUAUUAUCAUUAGUUAAACUUGUUAAUUGUCUUCUCAGGUACUAUUGUGUAUGUAUGUACAAGUGUGUGUGUGUGUGUGUGUGUGUAUAUACACAUACACACACUCAAUAUGCACAGGCACAGAGAUCUGAGUGCAUUCCUCAUUCUCCUUCCCUGGCCCUCCUCUCACUGGAGCUUCAGGAAAGUUGCAGUUCUCCUCCACCCUGCAUGCAAAAGAGCCCUUUACUCCCUGGGAAGGUGUGGAGAAGGAUCCCCCAGGGCAACAUGCAAAAUUGUUCUGAAGGAGGUGGGGGCGUGCAUUCCACUUGAAGGAAAUGUCCAUAUGUACGCUUUCUCUUCCCAUACAAACAGUGUAAUAUUUGUCAAAAAGAAGCUGCCAUUUGUGUGAACAUUCCUUAAGGGAAGGGACAGACAAGGGUGUCCUGACAGGGUGUCUUUCUUUCCCUGGCAGGUGUGUGACUCUGACACAGUCCUCGAUCCAGCCUGCACAGUGGAGAUGCUGCGCAUCAUGGAGGAGGAUCCUCGCGUCGGUGGAGUUGGCGGGGAUGUCCAGGUGUGGACCUGAGAGCACAUGGCCGUGCAGAGUGUCUGGCUCAGAUAAUGCUCACGGGGAUGGCUCCUUCGGGCAGCCUUCCCAGAGUUGGUCCUCUUCCAGCUGUUUUGAACUACAACUCCCAUCAGGCUCAGUGUCCUGCAGCUUGCUGGAUGGGGUGCAUGGAAGUAGUAGUCCAAAACAGCUGGAAGAGGAGGCCUUCUGUCCCUCAAUAAUUGGGGUCAGCCACAGGUCAGCUUGAUACGCAUCUGUGGGUAAAGAAAACUGGUACAGGAGCCAACCUGUCCAUUGGAGGGAGGGUUGUGGAGGGCCCAUGAUGCAGUGUUGCCUCUUUCCCCCAGAUCCUGAACAAGUACGACUCGUGGAUCUCCUUCCUGAGCAGUGUGCGCUACUGGAUGGCCUUCAACGUGGAGCGGGCCUGCCAGUCCUACUUUGGCUGUGUCCAGUGCAUCAGCGGCCCCUUGGGCAUGUACCGCAACGCCCUGCUGCAGCAGUUCCUGGAGGACUGGUACAACCAGACAUUCCUGGGCAGCAAGUGCAGCUUCGGGGAUGACCGCCACCUCACCAACCGGGUCCUGAGCCUGGGCUACCGGACUAAGUACACGGCCCGCUCCAAGUGCCUGACCGAGACGCCCACCAGGUACCUCCGUUGGCUCAACCAGCAGACGCGCUGGAGCAAGUCCUACUUCCGGGAGUGGCUCUACAACGCCCUCUGGUUCCACAAGCAUCACCUGUGGAUGACCUACGAGUCAGUGGUGACGGGCUUCUUCCCCUUCUUCCUCAUCGCCACCGUCAUCCAGCUCUUCUACCGCGGGCGCGUCUGGAACAUCCUCCUCUUCCUUCUGACGGUGCAGCUGGUGGGCGUCAUCAAGGCCACCUACGCCUGCUUCCUGCGCGGCAACAUCGAGAUGAUCUUCAUGUCCCUCUACUCCCUGCUGUACAUGUCCAGCCUCCUGCCGGCCAAGAUGUUCGCCAUCGCCACCAUCACCAAGUCCGGCUGGGGCACCUCCGGCCGCAAGACCAUCGUGGUCAACUUCAUCGGCCUCAUCCCAGUCUCCGUCUGGGUGGCAGUGCUGCUGGGUGGGCUGGCCUACACUGCCUACUACCAGGACCUCUUCACAGACACGGAACUGGUCUUCCUCAUCUCGGGAGCCAUCCUCUAUGCCUGCUACUGGGUGGCGCUGCUCACCCUUUACCUGGCAAUCGUGGCCCGGCGCUGCAGCAAGCCCCAGGAGGAGUACAGCUUGGCAUUUGCGGAGGUGUGAUGAGGAUGAGGGUGGGGGGCGGGGAGUGCAAUAAUGGCAAAGGACUGGCAGCGUUUCCCCACAUAGUUGUGGGGCUUCAGGAGGGCUGGCCCCCCACCCUGCUCAGGACCUGAUCCAGUUUUGAAAUGGAAGCAAAUUGGCAGAUUCAGGAGUGCAUCACUGGGGAAGGAAGCCGGAGCCUCACAGAAGGGAUUCUGCUCGGUGGGCUUCCGGAUCCUGCCCCUGCAGAAAGCUCAACAGCUCCUGGGAAAAGUUUCCACCACCAGGUGUCCCUGUCGUUCUAUGCAAAUGACACUGCCUCUCCCCAGAAUAGCACCAAUGUGGCAGGGACGAUGGGGGGUGCAGUUUUUACAGGGAGCAAUAAUAAUCUCCUUGUAGAGAUCUAUUAAAGAAGGGGCCCUUCUGUGCCCAGCGAAGAGAACAUCAACAGGUUUUUGAUCUUCCCUAGGAAGAGCUUUAAGGAGUUUGUGAGGGUUAUUCUCUGUUCAUGGGAGAAGCAAGUGGGACUUGAGCGACUGACGUCAAGGGGUUGCUUUCUAGGCAGAGGCCCCACAGGAGGUGGGGUGACAGGGCAGAACAUGUGCUCCUUCCAAGAGGGGCUCCCUUCUGCCUGUAAUCACUGCAGCUGCAGGACUGGAGGGAAAUUUACUGAGAAGGAAAGGCUGGCAGUAGAAAAAACCAUGUUUGGGCCAUAGCGGGAACAUGCUGUUGCCCAAAGAAUACAUCACAUGACUAGGCUGCCCAUUUCUAAACAAACACAAAAUACUUGAAAGCUCCCUGAUUGGCCCAAUACAGCAUGAGCCACAGCUACUGUGAAUUCGAUAAAACAGGUUGCAAACUGGAUUGGUCAAAUGUCUUCAGCUCCUUCUGGAGUUUUAGAGGGUGGACCACCUAUUGCUACCCCCCUCUUUAGUCCAGGACUACGGAUCAUGCAAGUGGCCCUACAGAUGCUGUAGGGACUCCCAGUUCCCUAACCAGUUAUUGAACUCCAACUCCUGUCAUCCCUGACAUUGCUGGCUGGAGCUGGUAUGAGCUGGGAGUCCAACAACAUCUGCUUGGGGAAGGCUGCUGUAGACCAGGUAUCUUCAACCUUUUUGGACCUUUUCAGUCCCAGGUCCCACUUUUAACCAAAGCAUGCAUGUAGAGAUCUGUUGCUUAACCUUCCACAAUAUUUGCAUGGGGGUAGUGCCCGACCAAUCUUAGAGCAGGCCAUGACCCACCAGUUGAAGACCAGUGUUCUAGACCAUAUUUGUUAUGCUUGGGUAGGGGUGUUAAAAUACUUUAAUGCUGUGAACAGAGCUGCCUGUCUGGAGAUCUUCCUUUGGACCAGCCUCUCUCUCUUGGCCUCUGCUUAGCCUGGGCCUCCUAACUUUCUGGUGCUUCUCCUACAGACUUCCUCUCCCCCUGGUGCUCUGCCAACAUGGCCACUUUACACUUCCAACUCAGAGAAGGGGGAAAAACUGAGGACAGUGGUGCUGCUUUUGGGAGGCCACUGCCACCCAGUCUAAAAGCCAUUUCUUGAUUCACAAUCUGCAUCUCUGACCAGCCCUUAAAACUCAUUCCAGUCUCUGGCAAGAAGGUGCCUGUGUUGAAAGGGAAGGGGGGGUGUCCCAGCUUCAGCUGGCAACAAGCUCUAGGCAGCUUUUAUGCCAAACUCACAUUGCUGAGAUGGAAGUGCUCACCAGUGGUUCCUUGCCUGUUCCUAAGCUAGCAGGUCAGCAUGGGAACAAAGUGCUUAGGCACUUGCUGUAGUAAAUCCACUGUCAUCUACAUGCUUCCAGCAUAGGCAAAGGCACAGAUUUUCUGCAAUUCCAUUCGUGCAGAAUGUGGAGGUCUGAAAAAUCUCAGAUUCCCUCCUUUUUAUGGCUAAAAGAAAACAAACCAAGUUUCCACAAUUCGUAUUUUUACAAAAAGUUCUGAAAAUGUAUAAGCAAUAUUUGCAAAACAUCUCAGAGGUGUUUUGAGUAGGAAUGCUUCUUUAGUAGCUUACUUGUAUUAUUCCUUUGGCCUCCACUCUGCUUAUUGAAAAAGGGGGUUCUAAAUUCAACAGAGUUAUAAAAGAGAUGCCAAAUAAGGCAGGCACAUUUAUGUUUAGACAUAUUUGUGUGGACCUUGAUUUACAAAAAAUUGUUUGCUUGGAAAAAAUUAAGACAGGUUGCUGCUGAAUUUGCUUAGAGCAGCUGUAUUCCAAAGUUGGCUCUUUCUUGCUUCUCAAGAGAAGCACUAGAAGGCCCUGUAUGCUGGAGACUGGCUGACAUUGGCCACACAAUGUCCCGGUCCCCACAGGCACUGUGAAUCCAAUUGGUCAACAAGGAGCAAAGUGAAGAAACUUUCUGAUUAGAGAUGAUGUAUAUUUAUUAUUACCUUUCACCUCCAAACUAAAGAGGGUGUUGUGUAUAUGCGUGUGUGUGCACCACACAUACACACACUGGACAGGCUCCGACAACUUUUGUUUUCCUUGCUAUGUAAGGGAGCUGAAUAAUCCCUGGGAUGCAAAAGUAACUUGGGUGCUUUUGCUCCAGAUAUGCUUUUGGGGGGUAUGAGGGAGGUGGGCACACAGUCUUUUAGUGUAUUGGAUUUUUGUUUUUUCCAAAUACAAAACUUGCCCAUCAGCAAUGAGGCUAGACACCUGAUUUUUACAAAACCAAGCAACUUCUCAGGAUUCCACAAGAGACUUCUGUACCAAAAUAAUAUUCUGUGCUAUGACCAUGCCACCUCCUAGGAACAGAGGGCACCUGAUCUAUCUUUUGGCCUUGGUGCUGUUCAGGAGCCUUACCAGUGCCCAUCUUCCUAUACUCCUUUCUGCCUCAGGCCAGUAAGCUGAGUCUGACUUUGUCCUCCUCCUGCUGCUGCUGCUGCUGCUGCUGCUGCUGCUAGGGGUUCCACUGCCCCAAUUCCAAGUUCUCUCUCUGCUGCUUUCUUUCUGCCCAUCCCACACAAGGUCCUGAAUGCUAUCCGAGGUUGUACCUGGAAAUUCCUGCCUCUCCUGCCAUGUUGCUUCAUGUGAAUUGACAGGAACAAGAAAAACAAGCCCCUAAUAUGAGGCAGGGAAGCAGUGGGCAAAGGGCAGCUUGCUACUCCCAUGGGCCCAGGUGGCUGGGAGGAAGACUAAAGUGGCAUCAGUGCCGAUUCUGUCCUGCCAUCUCUGGAAGGCAGAUGGAGUCUGCACCGCCAUCUAAGAAAGCAAUAAUGGCUCUUGGGCUGCAAGCUCCCUUUAUAUAGGCACAGACUAGUGAAGAACUUUCCUAUGCUGGGGACUGACUGCAUAAACGAAGCUGGGAUAGAUGUCUCCUUCCACUACUGCCACCAGAAAGGGCUGGUUCCCACCCCGCUUGCUCUGGAUUCAGCAUAACCUCACACCCUAAGGGCUGCUUGCCUAGCUGUUUCCCAGGGGCCCCAACCAGCUUGAAAAAGAAUGGUUCUAAGCAAUUCUUUGGGUGGCUGGGGGUAUGGUACUCCCUGGCAAGAAAGAAUGGCUGCUUUGCAGGCUAGGAGAGCUUUCAGCCCACACUAGAGCCUGCCUUUCAAAAGGCUGCCCUGUUGGGGGGAGCCAUGUGAAACAGUAACUGCUUGCUCUGUAACCUCCCUAAGGCAGAUGCCUCCCUGCAGAGAGCUGCCAAAUCAAACUGUUGUAUGGACAGGGCUGAUCAGCGUUGAGAGUGCAUGAGUAUCUGACAGCCUUUAAAGCCUGCUUCCAAGAAACACUGUGGCAAAAGAUGGAGAGCUUCCUGAAGUCCCUCUUUCCAGCUGUGCAUCCUUCCUAAUUGCGAAUGUCUGGAAAUGCUGCUUUCUGCCCGUGCUGUUCUCUGCGGCCUGCGCUGGUCCCAGGCAUGAGAGUGGAGGGAUGGGUGGGUAGGGUGCCAGGCUUUGCUCCCCCUCAAUUCCCUGCUCUGGGCUGCAUCCCUUUUUCUAUGUUACUCCGUUUGGGUUUCUCUUAUUUAAAAUGAAAUUUGUAGAAUUUUUUGUACUCUUUGGUAACAAACACUAGUUGAUUGCUUAAAGUUAUUUGUAAACUUAUUUAUUUUUUACCUGCAUUUUCAUAUUUUUUAUAAAGGUUGUUUGGUUUUUUUUACUAUGAUGCAUUUGUUACAAUAAAAAAUACCUUGC